CCUGCAACAGCACCUCCGCAAACAUGGCAAAAUCCAAGGCUCUUGUCAAGUCGGACUCGGAGGAAAAGAAGACAGCUGAUGCGACACUCACCACGAAAGUCUCACAUGGCACCCCAUACCAACUGGAUCCCGCCCAAGUCGAGCGGGCGGCCACGGCGCUCGUUUCGCACAUGAAGCAGCAUGUCCAGAUCAAAGAAAAGAAGGCCGGCAAGAAGAAUCUUGCAGUAGACGAAGAUGAGGCGGAAGACAACGAUGAGCCAAUCUUUCUGAACGUCUCCACGAAGCAGCACGUUCACGACACAAGCCGGCUGAAGCCCACCAAGCUUCCCCUUCCUCACCCUAUACUCGGCAAUGACGUCCGGAUAUGCGUAUUCGUCAAAGACCCGCAGCGAACCUACAAAGACCUCGUCGCCUCCAACGCCUUCCCCGAAUCCCUUCGCGCAAAAGUCGCUCGAGUAAUUGGCGUGGACAAACUUAAGAAAAAGUUCAAGUCGUUCGAACAAAAGCGUGCACUUCUUGCAGAAUAUGAUGUCUUCAUGGUGGACGACCGGGUCAUCAAGAUUGUCGCUCAGCAUCUCGGAAAGAUCUUCUACGACAGCAAAGCCAAACGCCCGAUACCCCUGAGGCUCACAGCUGGAGCGUGGAUAGACAAGGAGAAAAAGAAGGAUGACAAAAAGAAGACAGAGAAUGUUGUGGGCACUGCUAAGGGUGUGGCGAAGGAGAUCGAAGCCGCGCUUAACUCGACGUACGUUAGCAUGAGCCCGUCAGCCAACACUUCAAUUAAGGUCGGCAAGCUCUCCAUGACGCCCCAGCAACUUAAAGAGAAUGUCGAAGCUGUCGUGUCGAAGCUAGUCGAGAAGCACAUUGAGCACGGCUGGAGAAACAUUCGCGGGCUUCACAUCAAGGGCCCUACGACGAAAGCGCUUCCGAUCUGGCUCGCGGACGAGCUGUGGGUUGACGAGAAUCAAGUGCUGGACGAGCCCUACAGGCCAGCCGUCACGGACGGAGGCAAGAAGGCUGACAAGAAGCGGAAGUGGGAGGAGUGGGAAGAGGAGAUGCUCGAUGACGACGUGCUCGCCCGGCGGAAAGAGGGUAGACAGUCUAAGAAGACAAAAGCGAAAAAUGAGCCGGAAAAGAAGGAAUCACGGUCGAUUAGCAGGGAGAAGAGGAAUAAGCUGAAGCGGGAUGCGCUACGCUCGGUGCAGACGCCGCUCAUCGCCGGUUAGAUAUUUUGUCUUAGGAUAUAGGCAUUUCGCUUGAUUGGCAUAGGGCUAAGGCGUUCAGGGAUGCACAGUGCUAGCUUAUGAUUCGACUAGAAUACCACUCUCGAUGUCUGUUCACAACAAUUCACAAGUCCUCC